ACACCCUCAAUAUUCGUUUACUCGGUGUGUGUAAUGAAAUCGUUACCAAAAUAGCCUAUAUUGCAAAGCUGAAUUUCUUAUGCAGAUUAUUGAACACCAGUUUUACAAGUAUUGAACGGGAAAGCGACCAACCUGUUAUUGUAUUUGCUCGCCUCUCUUCGUAGAUUGAUUUACUGAAGGCUAAUCCGUCUAAUUACGCUGGCUGCCCUGUCUUAAUUUCCAUCGAAUUCAACCUCAAACUCGAUUUCACUCAAUUGAGUUCUAUAAGUGGAAGGUAACGGACGCAAAUAGCACUGGAUUUAUGGGAUGCCUUUUCAUUUUAUAUAAAACAAACUGACGACGGCGAGAUCAUACCUGCAUUAUGUCCGGUUCACAGAGUGAAGACGUUAGCAUCUUGCAAAGAUAUUCAGAAGGGCAGAUACGAGAGCUUCGAGAGGCUUUUAGACUGUUCGAUAAGGAUGGAGAUGGUUCGAUCACCACCGAUGAGUUAGGAACAGUCAUGAGGAAUCUCGGACAAUUCCCGUCCUCCGAGGAGCUGAAUUUAAUGCUGAAAGAAAUUGAUAUUGAUGGUGACGGGACAUUCAGUUUUGAGGAGUUUGUUCAGGUUAUGGCCAACAUGGGAGGGAUAUCUGAGCAAUCAGCGGAGGAUGAAGAAGAGGAGCUGAGGCAGGCCUUCAGGGUAUUUGACAAAGGAGGGUGCGGUUACAUUACAGCAUCUGAUUUAAGAUCUGUAUUACAAUGCAUGGGGGAGGAUCUCACGGAGGAAGAAAUUGACGAAAUGAUCGCUGAGGUUGAUAUCGACGGCGAUGGAAGAAUAGAUUUUGAAGAAUUCAUCGCUUGUAUGUGCGAGGACAAAGCGGACACAAAACGCCAGGACCCCUUCGAUGAUUGAGCCACGUGUGUCUUGAAGAUGAACAAUAACUGAAUAUUCCAAUGUAUUAUUUCUAAUAAAGUGCUGCAAUAUUUCA